GUUGAGUUGGCAGUUUGGCUGUAGUGUAAAUGACAGUUGCUGUCCGACGAGGUUUCUUUUUAGAGCUGACUUCACCCACGCUGUUUAUAUUUUUCACAUCUAACCAUAUGAACUCACAGUUAAAAGCCGAUAGUUUGCUUGUGGUUCCGUUGGCGUUUAUGCGGUCGCCACGCAGUGGUGCAGCAGCAAGUCGGGUUCACCUUAGUUCUCAUUAGCUAGCCAGCAAGAACAGCUCGGGCUGCACUCAGGUCAACUAAGCCAUUUUUUAAAACUUGUUUUUACCUUGUGAUUUUCAUCCGACGUGCUGGAGUGACGGAUGAAGUCGUUGUCAUGACACUGAGGAGAGUAAACGUGGUCAUCCUUGUGCUGCUGGCUGUGGCUUUCCUGAUCAUUGUUCAACGAAAUCUCCUCAACCUCAGUGACUUUUUACACAAGGAAAACCCAGAUGCGGGGAUGAUUCUUCCCUUUGAAUCAGAGUUGUCUUCACACCUCAGACCAGAGGCGGUGAGGAAAGGAGAGGAGAUCCCUGUCCUCAUCACUGCUGCUGGGGACAGGCUCGGUGCUGUGGUUGCUGCCAUGAACAGCGUCUACGAGAACAGUAAAGCCAAUGUCGCGUUCACCAUUGUGACCCUGAAUGACACGGUCGAUCACCUGAAGGUGUGGCUCAGUAAGACAAAGCUAAAAAAUGUCAACUAUAAGAUAGUAAUUUUCAAACCUGAGCUCCUCAACGGGAAGAUAUCAAAAGAUCCACAGAAACUGGAGGCUGCAAAACCGUUGACUUUUGUCAGGUUUUAUCUCCCUGUAUACAUACCCGAGGCAGAGAAAGCUAUCUAUUUGGAUGAUGAUGUCAUUGUACAAGGGGACAUUCAGGAGCUCUAUGAAACCAACCUCAAACCAGGACACGCAGCUGCCUUCUCAGAUGACUGCGAUUCAGCGUCUGCUAAGGGCAUUGUUAGAGGAGCUGGAAAUCAGAAUAACUAUAUAGGCUUCCUGGACUUCAAGAAGGAAGCUAUCAAGAAGCUGGGGAUGAGGGCCAACACAUGCUCCUUCAACCCUGGGGUCAUCAUCGCCAACCUGACUGAGUGGCGGAACCAGAACAUCACGCAGCAGCUGGAGCACUGGAUGCAACUUAACACACAGGAGGAUCUGUACAGUAAGACUCUGGCAGAGAGUAUCACCACCCCUCCACUCCUCAUUGUUUUCUACAAACGUCACUCCGCCAUCGACCCCAUGUGGCACAUCAGGCACCUUGGCACUACUGGAGCUGGAAACCGCUACUCCCCCCAGUUUGUGAAAGCUGCCAAACUCCUCCACUGGAAUGGACACUAUAAGCCGUGGGGGAGAACAUCAUCCUUUCCCGACGUGUGGGACAAGUGGUUUGUUCCAGACCCCACUGGAAAAUUCCAUCCUGUGCGAAGACAUGCAGGGGACAAAUAGAUUGAAAAAUUGGCUUCAGGAACUUCCGACCUGCCAAGUCCCAGCAGGACCGCACCUCGUGAUAUCUCAGGAACAAAGUAAGGCCUUCUCCCUCGCCAGCCCUGUACUUGAGUUCUGUCAUCCUCCCAACAUGUAGACCUGUGUACUCUCACAUUCCCUUGAACACACACAACCAACCUUUUUUUCUAUACCCAGUAUUUCACUAAAGAGGCACAGUUAUCUUCCUGUGGUAAGAGGAAUGUUUUCCUCUCAACAUGAGGCUUGUUGCAUCUCAAGAUCAUGACCUUUCAUAGCCAUGUAUGCAUCAGUGCCAGUGUGCAGUAAUAGGAUUCCAUGUGACAACGUGCCAAGACAGCCAUGUUCAAGUUGAAAUAGCUAUGUUUACAUGCAGCUCAAUACUGCUUUAUUUGCGUACUAAAGCAGUUUAUAAAGUUACCUCAGCGUUGGUGUAGUGCAGUCGACAGUUUAACAGUUCAAACACUUUCCCCCCUGAGUUAGGUCAGUCUAAACUGUUUGAUAUUUUAGCCAUGCAGAUGACUUGUGUUGUUACCUCAAUCUUCAGUACUUCCUGUGGAAAACUUUUUAUACUUCAUAGCAGAUAUUCAUCAGAUCCAUGUUCUUACAUCUUUUAACAGUGGUCUGUGUUUAGUUCAGCAUUUCCACCACAGUCAGACAGAAAAUACUUCCUCUACAAUUCCAUUAUCCUGAGUGGCAUUUUCACAAAUAGGAACUGUAAUUCCAAUUCACCUACAGUUAAAUGUAGUCCAGUUAAUGCACUACUACUUUGAUCUGUCCCACCUAUAAACUUUGCCAUAAAUGAACACUAAUUCAGUACUGUACUGCCUCUCACUAAACAGUGCGGCUUUUAAUGACUUAAUAUCGGACCACUAUCAAACUGCGCCUCUGCAGAAACUGAAGAACAUGUUUUCAUGAAAUUCUCAUGUUUUAUCCUCAUCAGGAUUUUUAUACACCCUGAAAAAGCAUACACUUUGCCGCUGUAAAUAUUUCUUUUGUAAAGUACAUGAAAUAAAAUGUUUUUAUCAUUUAAA